AUGUUACGGUUGGGAAUGACGAAUCCGCCCUACAUACUCGAUUUCCUUGAGGAAAUUUCGGAAAUUUUAAAUCAUCCAAGGGUUUACUCUUUUCUUCACAUACCCGUCCAGUCAGCAAGCGAUGCUGUAUUAUCGGAUAUGAGACGUGAAUACACUUGUGCUGAUUUCUGCCGAGUUGUUGAUCACAUGAUGCAGAACGUUCCCAAUAUCUACAUAGCAACAGAUUUCAUUUGUGCUUAUCCAACUGAAACAAAGAGUGAUUUCGAAGAGAGUAUGGCACUGAUACAGAAAUACCGUUUCCCUUCAUUGUUCAUUAAUCAGUUUUAUCCAAGAAUGGGAACCCCAGCCGCAAAUUUGAAGAAAAUCGACACUGUGGAAGCCCGUCGUCGAACCGCAGAAAUGUCAGCUCUUUUCCGGUCUUAUUCAAGAUAUGACAAAGAGCGAAUUGGUGAAAGGCAUCGAGUUCUUGUUUGUGAAUUGGCAACUGAUCGACAGCAUUAUGUAGGCCAUAACAAAUACUAUGAACAUUUUCUUAUAUCUGCGAAAAAAUGUCUUUUGGGCAAGUGGGUUGAGGUGCGUAUCACAGAAGUUUCUAAAUUUUACAUGAAAGCUGUGUUAGUAACGGAUGAUAUCAAUGCAUGCUUAGACAGUGAUCCAAUGACUGAUAUCUCAUUUCCAACAUACAGCUAUUGGAUAACCGCUUUUAUAUUCGGUAGCGAUGAUUUUACUGUAACACCCAAUCGGUUGUUUUGGCUAAUGCGGAAGAAUAAUGGAGAGAGAGUGCGAGACGCUGAGGGAUUUCGUUUACGAGCUGCUGGGAUAUGCAUCCGUGGUGAAGGUAGCAGUCGGGAGAUCUUGUUAAUUACCGGUGGCAAAGACGAUGGUCGGUGGAUCAUUCCAGGUGGCGGCAUUGAGAAGGAUGAAAACGAAUCAGAUGCCGCAUUACGUGAAGUUUUUGAGGAAGCUGGAGUUAAAGCAGAAAUUUUGGCACGUGUGGGGGAGUUUAGGGAUGAAGAAAGACGGCACCGGACGGUGGUGUUUCUUUUAACAGUUAAGGAAGAAUUAAAGGAAUGGGAAGAUGGCUGUUUUGGGCGACAGCGGGAAUGGGUAAGCCUAGAAGAAGCACUGCGACGGGUGAAACAUUCGCAAACAUGUAUUAUUGAACACAUUUGUAGAAUGUAG